CAAUUUAUUUUAUUUUAUUCCACUUCUUUUAUUUUGCUUUAAUUUUAUAUAUAAAACCAACCAAGUAAUCACAGCCAAAAUCGCAAACACAAACACAAACAUAAUAAUAAAUAUAAUCAGAAUGCCAGCAUUGAAAACACCUCAAACACAAGUAGUAUUCCAAGACAUCAACCAAUCUAUUCUCAGUAGUCUUCAUACAGCCGCGACUACUCAAGUAUAUCAUUAUGAAGUAGGCGGUCGCUGUAUUGGAUGUGAUGUAGUUGCCAACAUACACCGUACUGCCAUUCUUGUGGCCAGACAACAAGAGCCCAUUGUAUGUAACGGUGUCCUGCUUGAACUCGUAUCCCAAACAAUCCGCCUUUUGUCCAGCCAUCUCGAAACCCACACAACCCACUAUCUGAGUUGGUUUGACAAUCUUUCUCUCGAUCUAUGGGAAUUUUCAAAGCAGUUGAAAGACGAAACCAAUGAGUCGGACAUUCACCCUUUGAAUUUGACAACACCUCCAUAUUCGCCCUCGGAGGAAAAGUACAUGGUGUUUGAGGAUCCAGAGAACUAUAGAAGAGCAACGCGAGCUGAAAUCUAUUAUUUCCGUGCCUUGAUGAACGAAUACGCAUCAACCAACAUCGAAGAGGCAAUCCAGUACUACAGAAAGUGUGUCACCGUCCGUCCUACCCUUUUGCCUUCCCACCAUCACAUCCAACAGUCGGCCGCCGCUGCACUUCAGCGUCUUGGCGCCACAAACUCAGAUAGCUCCAGUGCUUUCAAAUCCCGGACUUCCUCUGUAUCUAGUCGCAGCUUGGGCUCAUCUUCGUCCUCUACGUCUUGCUCUAGCUGUGGCAAAGAAAAGCGAGUGAUGCCAGUAUGUGCAAAGUGCAAGACAAGAUAUUACUGCGGAAUGGCCUGUCUCAAAGCAGACAAGGCCAAGCACUCAUUGUACUGCACUACAAAAAAAAAGAGGUUUGGUAAUUGA